AUGGCGCCACUGUCGCUGAAAGUGAUCCAGGACGAGGGCGCCGUGACUCGGACGGUGAAGUUCGAGUCCAAGUCGAAGGUGAGCACAGCGCUCGCCACCGUCAAGGAGAGGAUACACACGGCAGACGAUGGCAAAGAAUACGCGCUGUUCCUCACAUCGGCCGAUGAUGAGAUGUCUGGUAUCUGGCUGGAGGACCAACGGAACCUGGAGUACUACAUGCUGAGAGAUGGCGACACGCUGUAUUACCUCUGCAAGACCAGGAACCUGAAAGUUAGGAUGCUGGACGGUUCUAUGAAGACGCUGCUGGUGGACGAGUCAAAACCCGUGGAGGAGUUGAUGGUGAACAUCUGUGCCAGAAUUGGCAUCACCAACCACGACGAAUACGGACUGUGCCGUGAUGAGGGUGAUGAAGAGGAGAAACCGGCACUAGGCACGAGCACAGGAACCCUCACGCUGAGGAAGGUGAAACAGCCGAAGGAGAAGGAUGCCAAGCUGGAGCACCUCAGCAAGAAGCUCAAAACUGAUGACAAUGUGCAAUGGUUGGCGAAACACAAGACGCUCCGCGAGAUGGGCAUCGGUCCGAAGCAGGCGCUGUUGCUGAAGCGGCGGCUGUUCUACUCGGACCGGAAUGUGGACGCGCGGGAUCCGGUGCAGCUGAACCUGCUGUACCUUCAGGCCAAGGAUGCCAUCCUCAACGGGAAGCACCCCGUCACCGAGGACAAAGCGGUGGAAUUCGCUGGUAUCCAGUGCCAGAUAUGCUUCGGUGACUAUCAGGAAGACAAACACAAAACGGGGUUAAUAGAGAAUCUUAAGGAGUUUCUCCCGGAGCAGUACGCGAGCUCGUGGGGAAUCGAGAAGAAGAUAUUUAAGGAGCACAGGAAACACCAGGAAGUCAGUUCCAUCGAUGCCAAAUAUUUAUACACCAAGACUGCACGAGAUCUCCCUACUUAUGGGGUCACAUUUUUCUUAGUCAAAGAGAAGCACAAAGGUAAAAAGAAACUGAUACCUCGUCUCCUGGGCAUCAAUGCGGAAGCGAUACUCCGGCUGGACGAGGUCACCAAGGAGAUCCUGCAGGUGUGGCCCCUCACACACGUCAAGUCGUACCAGGUCGGAAAAUCGGAGACCUUCUCACUGAACUUUGGGGAAUACAGUGAAAAAGAAUAUUGCGUGAAGACUAACGAUGCUAUUCGGAUUCGGGACAUCUUGCAAGGCUACAUUGAUAUCAUUGGAAAACGACUGGCCGCAGUCUACAACAGCAGCCAGCCGGAACGAGAGGUCAUUGGCGAGGACAACAUCAAAGUGUCCAGAGGCAACAUCAUACAGCACGUCGGCUACAAUGCUACAAAAGUUGUUGAAGAAUCAUUUGUUGGGUCUUCGAUCCUUCUCCCUUACGAAUCAGGUACUAUGAUCUCGAAGGGUACUCAUUUAGUCAACAUCAAACAAGCAAUGGUUACCGGUAUUGGCUCCACCAAACAACAAUCCAUUAGUGGAGAAGUGCCAAUGAGGAAUAACGCAUCGAUGGACUUCGUGAAGAAGCUGAACCGCCUCAACUCUGGCUCCGUGAAGAUCGUCAGCUACCUAGCUGAUCCAAAUGAUGCUCACAUUUUGGAGUCUCAGAAAGUAGUGGAAACCAUUAAUGCUGAAUGGCCGGACAUUCAAGAAGGUGUAAAAGAGAUGGCUGAUAAACAAUCAAACGAAGAUGAGAGGAAGAAGCUUCUAGAUCAACUGCAGGAACUGUGCAAUCAAGUGGAUAUGUUGUCAGCAUCAAUGGAAACCAGUAAAAUUGAUGCAGCUAAAGGUCUAGAUGCGGCUAAGAAUAUUGCAAAUAUAUCGGCAGAGAUGUACUCCAGUAUGGAUCCUAAAACUAAGAAGCGUAGCAAACUCCUCGAGAAAUCGCGCUCAAGUUUCAUAGCGGACGAGAGGACUGCCGCGUACCUGCGGCGCACGUCGUUCCUGGCCAUCGCUUCCAGAGCCGGACAAGCGGUGGACAAAGCCCAAGAAAUACUUAACGAGAAAUACGAAGGACCAAAAAUCGACGAGCAGGAGUUGGAGAAAGAUUCUGCCGAUAAAAUGGGGAAACUGAAUUCGGCCAUCGCAUUCGUCUUAAUGGCACAAGCAGAUCCCAAGAAUGUGGAUUACUCGGCUGCAGUUAUGUCCAUGAACACCAUACACGAACUGAUCCCGGAAUUAGCUAGAGAUGUGCAAGCGUUAGCAGUCUACAAAGAAGGCGACGAGAAACAAAAGAUGUUGGAUGACAUGAAGAUGCUGUGCGAAGCGGCGCAUCAAGUGUGUUCUUUGACAGGCGCUGCUGACUAUGAGAAACUUCAAGACAUUUCCAACAUUUACUCGGACGUUUCCAGAAAGUUAAUGUUCAAAUUUACACGCGGCGUGAUCGGAGCCCAAGACAAUAAGAUCAUCGAACUAACAAAAGAUGUCGGCGACAAAACCUCAGCACUAUUGGUACAGGCGAAUAAAUUGUCUGAACCAAAAUCGGAAGGAGGCGCCGCUGUGGAUGAAGCUGGAUUGACGUCACCGACUAUCCACGAACCCCACUGCCAGAGCGCAUUAACAGCUGCAUCGGAGACGCUUUCAUCAUCAGCUCAACAUUUAAUGUCUACUGCCAAGCCUCUACUAGAGCAGCCAGCUCACCAACAUCUUGCGGACGAUUUUCAUAGAAGAAACACGGAUUUGACUAAAGCGUUGGAUAAACUACAGCAAGCUUAUGCUUAUGAAGAUGAUGCCGAAGAGAAUAAGGUUCGCAGAGAGCAGCAAAGAUUGAAAUUCAUUACUACGUUACGCAACGCGAAUAAAUAUUUAGAGAACGCCGACAAAGAGUUAAACAAACCUUUAAUAGCAAGUUCUAAGGAUGCCAGCUCAGGAACUGAAGAAAAUGUUGCAGAACGCAUUGCUGAAUUGAAAUCUAUUGUAGCUUCUGUUAUUGCUACGACUGCAGAUCGUGAUAGCCCAGAUUACGCAUCGGCCGAUGUUGCAAUUGGCACUAUGUACACCCUUCUGCCUGGAGUUAUUAAGGAUGCCAAAGCUCUAAGUGCAAAUAAAGAAGUUGAAGCCCGUGGAAAGAUUAUGGAUGACCUUAAGAAACUUUUGGCUGCUACUCAAGAAAUAUGUGCAAGCACGGCCUCAAACAACAUUGAAGAACUUAAUGAAGUUAGUGCGAAAUUUGCUGAAGCAUCCAGUGAUCUGUAUUAUGCUUUCAGUCCACGAGUUUCUCCAGUUACAGAAGAUGAGAUCAUAGAUAAUUCUACAGUUGCGUGUACUCAAGCAUCAGAAUUGUUGGCAAACGUUUACCAGCUCGUUGAAGAAAUAGGUGGCGAGGAAGGGGCUGUACUAGAUAAAAAGGGGACAGUCACAGCUGAUGCUGCAAAAGCUUUACUCGCUAUUGCUCAAUUAACAGCAGCAAGCGUCAACGAAUCGUGUUGCCGCGAGGCUUUGGUGUCCGCUGUAGACAAGUUAUCAGCGACAGCUUACGACCUGGAAGCAACAUUCAAGCCAAUGACGCGGGAUCGUAGAUAUGCCGACCUUGGAGUGAAGUUACAAAAUCAACAUCAACAGCUGCAAGACGAAUUGGACAAACUGAAGAAAUCCUGCCCACCAGCAGUGGAUCAAUGUCGAAGAAUGCAGUAUGUGAGAACUGCGCAAGAGAUGAAGCAAGCUGUAGAAGCUGCCCAGCAGGAAUUAGAAAAGCCGGCGGGCGCGCCAGUGCGGGGCGAGGCGAGCGUGGUGCGCCAGCUACAGCUGCAGCAGCGGAUGGCGAGACUCAACGCUGCCAUUGCCGCACUCGUCGCAGCCACCGCAGAAGGGAAGAGCGUGGACUACGUCAAGGCGGAAGAAGCCGUCUGUACCGUCAACGAGCUAAUACCUCAAGUGGUCAAGGAGACUAAGGCUCUGAGUGCAAGCGGCGACGAGAAGUCUCGCCGAGCUGCUCAGGCGGAGCUGCUGGCACUGUGUGAUGCUGUGCGAGGAAUCAGUGAUGCUGCACAGCAACACGACGCGAAGGGCGUUAAUGAGUACGCAUCGAAAUUCUCAAAUGCUUCAGGAAAACUGACAUUUGUUGUGAACCCGCGAACAAGUGCAGAGAAGACAAAACAGAUCAUGGAUAUAUCAUCAUCGGUGAGCAAGCAAACGUCACAGUUGGUGGCGGAAGCACAGAAGUUGUCCAAGUCAGUCGGCGGCCAAGUCCAAUUGGACGAGAGCAGUCAGAAGACGGCGAACGCGGCCAAGGUUUUACUUACAUGUGCAAAGCUGACUGCUCCCCACGCGGGCGAGGCUCGCUGUCGGGAGAUGCUAGCGUCAGCCGCGGAGAGCCUGCGGAGGGAGGCGGGGCAGCUGGCGGCCGAGUGCGCUCUGGAGAGAGACUCGCAGCCGGCGCUGGCGGCCGACGUGGACCGCAGCCACCGACAGCUGCGGGGCUUGCUGGAUCAGCUCGCGGCGGCCUGCGGAAAUGGCGGCGGUGAGAGGAUCUUUUGUAUAAGUGUGUUCCUACCAAGGAAAGGAGCUUUGAGGGCUCCAUUGAAAACCGUUAGCGCUAUAGGAGAGAAACAGCGAUUAACAAAAGCUGCGUCAGCUACUCAAGACGCAGUCAAAGCAGCACACGAGGAGUUGGACAAGCCGGCGGGCGCGCCAGUGCGGGGCGAGGCGAGCGUGGUGCGCCAGCUGCAGCUGCAGCAGCGGAUGGCGAGACUCAACGCCGCCAUCGCCGCACUCGUUGCAGCCACCGCAGAUGGAAAGAGCGUGGACUACGUCAAGGCGGAGGAAGCCAUCUGUACCAUCAACGAAUUACUACCACAAGUGGUCAAGGAAACUAAGGCUUUGAGUGCAAGCGGCGACGAGAGGUCUCGCGGAGUUGCUCAGGCGGAGCUGCUGGCACUGUGUGAUGCUGCGAGAGGAAUAUGUAAUGCUGCUCAGCAACACAACGCGAAGGGCGUUAAUGAGUAUGCAUCGAAAUUCUCAAAUGCUUCAGGAAAACUAACAUUUGUUGUAAACCCGCGAACAAGUGCAGAGAAGACAAAACAGAUCAUAGAUAUAUCAUCAUCGGUGAGCAAGCAGACGUCACAGUUGGUGGCGGAAGCGCAGAAGUUGUCCAAGUCAGUCGGCGGCCAAGUCCAAUUGGACGAGAGCAGUCAGAAGACGGCGAACGCGGCCAAGGUUUUACUUACAUGUGCAAAGCUGACGGCUCCCCACGCGAGCGAGGCUCGCUGCCGGGAGGUGCUGGCGUCGUCCGCGGAGAGCCUGCGGAGGGAGGCGGGGCAGCUGGCGGCCGAGUGCGCUCCGGAGAGAGACUCGCAGCCGGCGCUGGCGGCCGACGUGGACCGCAGCCACCGACAGCUGCGGGGCUUGCUGGAUCAGCUCGCGGCGGCCUGCGGAGACGCCGGCGGGAAAGGAACUUUGGGAGCUCCACAAAAAACCGUUAGCGCUGUGGGAGAGAAGCAGCGGUUGACAAGAGCUGCGUCUGCUACUCAGGACGCAGUGAAGGCUGCACACCAGGAGUUGGACAAGCCUCUGCGAGCUCCACUGACAAAUGAGGAGGCUGCGUCGCGGCGGGAGCAACUCUCGCGGUACAUGGCAGACCUGAACGCUGCAUCUGCUGCACUCCUCGCUGCAAUAUUGGAUGGUGAUGAACCGGACUAUAUCACAGCAGAGAAAGCAGUUCGUACAGUCAAUGAAAUAUUACCGCACGUUGCCAAAGAUGCUCGAGUGGCGUGUCCUCUAAUCGACGCGAAGCCGCAGAAGGACAUGGAGGAAGAGAUGCGCGCGUUGUGUGAUGCUGCGCUCUCACUCAGCCACGCGGCCGUCCAACGGGACCCCCAGACACUCAAUGAGCACGCAUCAAAAUUGGCAAAGGCCUCCAAUGGACUUAUGUACAUCGUCAAUCCACAGACACAACCGGAUAUAUCGAAGAAGAUAAUUGUACUAUCUCAGUCCGCGCACGAUAAGGUUGCAAAGAUCGUAACAGAUGCACAGCAACUAGCAAAGACAGUCGGUGGGGAGAAGGGUACUAAGCUGAGCAACAGCGCUGGCAAGACAGCUGACGCAGCAAGAGUUCUUCUUACUUCACAACAGCUGGUAAUACCAUACAUUUCCGAGGCGCGAAGUCAAGCAACAUUAAUCUCAGCAGCUGAUAGUUUAUCAGCCGCUGCUCGAGAUCUCACUAACCAGUGUGGGAUAUUAAAGCAAAAUCCACAGCAUGCAGCCUUUGUUUCUAAAUUAGACAGCCAAAACCAGAAUCUUCAGACAGACUUGGAUGAGUUGAGAGACAUUUGUCAGAAUAUAUCUAAAGGUAAAGCAACUGCUGUAACUGAAGAUGCCAAUACGGAGGCGCAGCGCCUGCAAUUCGUCAGAACUGUAUCUGCUAGUAAAAAUGCCGUGGACGCUGCUCACCAGGAAUUGGGCACGCCAAUAGUUGGUCUUCCGCUGAAGGCUGAAGCAGCUGUUGCACAACAAUUGAAGCUCUCCCAGUGGAUGGCGCAGCUAAACGCAGCCAUCGCCGCUCUUGCCACCGCUGUAUCUGGUCGAGAUCCGAUUGACUACGUAACUGCUGAGAAAGCUGUCACAAUUGUUAACGAACUGUUGCCACGCGUUGCCAAAGAAACAAAAGUGUUGGGUACGAGAUUGGAUGACGGUUCUCAAGCAGUGCUUGUGGGCGAUCUACGAAGCCUAUGCGAGUCUGUACAGGAAUUGUGUUCUGCCAGCGGUGAACAAAAUAUAACGGCCGUUAAUAACUCAGCAGCGAAAUGCGCCAACAUGGCAGCCAAACUGUGUUCAGCUGUGAAUCCUCACAUCAACCCGGAAAAGGAACAACAGAUAAUAAAUUUGUCAACAAAAGCGUGCAGUGGAGCCUCUCAGAUAUUGGCAACGGUGUACAAGCUGUCAGAGGCCGAGGGAGGUGAGGUUGGGGCGCAACUAGACCAGACGGGCUCACGUACCGUUAAUGCUGCGAAGACACUCCUUACUGCAGCGCAGUUGACAGCACCGUAUAUCCACGAGCAACCCUGUCAAAUGGCGCUGAUCUCUGCAAUCGACGAAUUAUCAACAUCGUCCAAACAAUUGUCCAGCAUGUGGCAACUGGUGGUCAAGAACCCACGUCAUGAAGCUGUGAAAAGUAGUCUGGAGCAGCAGUAUCCUCAAUUGGAGAGUGAUCUGGCGUUACUGAAGAAGAUGUGCAAGGAUGUCAAUAGAAUCUCUAAUCCAAUCAAAUCUACAACAAUGAAUCAGCCACCAUUACCUCCCAAACGUUCCAAAUCCAAAACCGAAGUAUUACCAAGUCCAACUGCACCGGACGAUAAGCGAAGAUCUAGCAGAGAUGUCAACGAGGAGUCACUGGAUAAAAUUCGACGCGAACAGAGCAAAAAUGAAGCACCAUUCGUUACUGAAGCUGAGAAGGCAGUACAAAAACAGUUUGUGUCGUGUACUGAAGAUGCAGUGCGCAAUUUACGCGUCGCUGAGGAGGAGAUGAAGAAUUUGAAGAGCGAUGGUCCAGUAUUGAGUGAAGAUCAAAAAAUAGCUGUUCAAAAUGCGAUAGAGCAAAAGUUAGGUCUUUCAGCUGCUGCGGUCGCUACACUGCUUGCUAGUAACCAAACAGAUACUGUUGACUACAACACUGCAUCGAAGUCAAUGAAGACUUUAUCCGAUUUAAUGCCGGCAGUUGUGAAAGAUGCAAAAACUCUGCAUAGCACGGUAGCUGAGAAGGACAGACAAAGUUUCAUUGAUAACAUUCUGGAAUUACUCCACAGUGGUAAUAAACUGUGUAAUACUGCAACUGGAGAUAGACAGAAACUGAGCCAGGUCGCCGUGGACUACGGUAAUAAGUCUGCAACGUUGUUAUACUCUGUGGGUGGAGAAGCGGACCCUGAACAGGAGAAGGAGGUGGGCGGGCGGACGCAAGCUGUGGGCGACAGCAUGUCGCGGCUGGUGCGGGUGGGCGCGGGCGCGGCGACGGUGCCGAGCGUGUGUUCCGCCGCCGCCAGCUGCGCGCGCGCCGCCGCCGGACUCGCCUACACCGCCAAGCUCGUAGCACCGACGAUUCAAAUACCCGAAUGCCUGCGUUGUCUCAUAAGUGCCUCGGACGAGCUCGCUUCCGACCUGAAGACCUUCGCGGAUACCUGGAAGCCUCUAGCUGCGGAUCCUGAAUACAAAGAAGCUGUUCAAGAGAUGAGCUCGGAACUGAAAGACUUAGAGGGGCUUCUACUAAACCUAAAACAGGAUCUGGUGUCAGGAAAGAUGGUGAGGAGAAAGAAAAGGAUUGUGGUGGAAAAUACUCCGUUGAGGCAACUGGCUAUCUCGCUACUAGAAAAUGCUAAAAAAAGAAGUCAGUCCGUUACUCUGGACGCUAAACAGAAGCAGGAGUACGAGAAGUACGCUAUAGCCUUGAAAAAUGCAGUCCAACAGCUGGAUAUAGCCAAUUGGGCUUGCAAGCGGUCUCUACACGAUACAGAUAAACGCUUGCAACUAGAGAACGCAGUCCAAAAUCUGCAAAUGAUUGUGUUACAAGAGAGACCGUCCCUAGCUGGGAACUCGCAGAACAACAUUGUUGAUUUGUCGAACUAUGUAAAGGAUCUGUCUUCUGAUGCUGAAGAACUGAUAAGCGCAUCAAACAAAUGUUCAAGCGAUGUACAGGUAAUACAAGAAAUCUGCAAUCAAAUAAAAAAUGAAGCGAACAAUGUACUGUAUCCUUCCAAUGUACACAAUAGAGGCAUGGGCAGUACCGUUGAUGAUAUACACGAAAUUGAUAAGUUUGGCCGGGAUUGCAGUAACCGCAUUAAAGAACUCCAGUCCCAAAUUAGUAAAGUGGCAGAUGUAAAUGAACGAGCAAAACUCGAAAACAAACUGCUGAGCUUGGAGGACACGUUAAAUUUGCUGAGGUUUGUAACACAAAGUGCUGUAGCAACGACAACUAGCGCAACGCUCGAUGAAACGCUCAACGAUUUGACUGAUCUGGAGAAUAGGAUACAGCAGAUGCUAUUGCCUGUCGAAAAACUACCAGGUCUUAAUGUUGAGCGUACUGGACCAGGAGCUGCGUCUGAGUGGGGUAAGAGCCAGGUAGUGGCGGCAGCAAGUGGUGGAAACCUUCAGAAGCUUGCGUCAGCCUUCCUAGCAUACGCUGAUGACAUGCGAACUCACGCCCAACUAUCAGACCCCUCCGAAAAUAAACGCGUAAAAGAACAUUUGCAAAAGAUGAUGUACCUUCUGAAGAUAUUGACGGUGACCACAAGCCGCCGUGUGGUGACGUGGCAGGAGGUCAGCGGACCAGAGAUCGCUACCGUCACAGAACAACUCCUCAAGGAAAUCGACAAGGUAUCCCAAAAUUCACCGGGAAAGAGCCAGAAAUCAGUGUUGUCUAACAUUGACGCAAAUAAAUUGUUACUGUUUACGGAAUCUAAAAUAAAAGGAGAAAAAACGCACAUCGAAGGUAAAUUACAGCUGACCUCUACAAAACUCAGCUCAAUGUUGGGUACGGUGGUGCUGAGUACAUCCAAUCCACAGAGUCUCACCAGGAGUCUGAAGGCUACCGUGGAAACCGCCACAGAGCUGGCCGUUCUUGCGCGAGCACUCAAAACAAACGAUCCUCUUCAAAAUGCAAAAAUAGAGGAGGUAGUGAGAGAAAUGAAUUUCUACACCUACAAUAUCGUCAAGAUAUCGGACCUUGUUAGUCAGGAAGCUAACAACCGUGUGUACAGGAAGAGAUUACUUGACUCCUGCCGUAUGCUGAAUGAUGCUAUCAACAAAAUUGUUCGAGUGACGAUGGUCAGCAGCAGCGCUAGCCCGCGGCGGAGGGAGAUCGACGAGAUGACUCGCAGCCUGCAGCUCCAGCAGACGUUGCUGCAGGCUCCGCCGCAGCCUACCUGCAGCAUGUCCUACACUGACUGCAUCGACGCAUUGAAUAGUCAGAAUGAAGUUAUAGACAAAUUGAAGAGUGAAGAGCAAAUGUCCCAGGAACAGUUGAGUAAAGCGAUGGUGUAUGUGAGUGCGGCUGUGCAGAAUAGCACAGAGUACGCUAUGCAGUGUGCAUAUUUUGUAUCACUGCCUGAUGGAGACAUGGAGGUAGCCAAGACGGGCCUGGUGGACGUGCAUCAGUUGGUGAUCAACGUGGAAAUACUACACGAGAUCUGCUACAGGAUUCUGCAAUUUGAGCCGGACCAGGUUAAAUCGGAAGAACCAGAUUUGACCAAACAAGUGGAGAACUUGAAACAAGCUCUAACCGAGGGUUCUAAGAAGUCGGUGCAUCUGAAAGAAGAAUUACUGCAAGCUGUAAACAAAGUAGAUAAAGCCGCAGAAGAUUUGCGUAAAGUUAUAAAUGAACCAAAUACUAAUAGGAAUAAAAUCACAUCGGCGACCAUUAAACUCUUGGAUACAUUGAAAUUGGUGAACUCCAUAUCUGAACACCCGUCGUUGCUGCCCAAAGUGAGUGAGGUGACGACAGAAGCUCAACAGAGACGGGAUGAUAUCUUAAAAAGCUCCAGGAGUCUAACGACAAAAACGUUGGCGCUAAUGAAAGAGGUGAGGUCUGCUGAGGAUCAGGAGAUAAUGACUUGGGUCAUGUUCAGAACCAGGAAAGAUCUGCUUGAUACGUUUGAAGCUCUAGUCGAUGUCGUUAAAGAGAAUGGUAAACGUUCUGGCAUCUUGGAGAUGGCCGUGGAAACUGAAGAGGAACCUAAAAAGAAGAGUUUUGUUCAGAUUCAAUUGGAAUUAGCAAGCAAAUGGCUUAUAACUUCAAGGAGUACGUCUGACACCAAGGAAGCUGGGGAGAAAGCUGCACAAAAAAUCUUAGAAAUUGCAGAACAGAUGGCAGAGGAAUUAAAAGGUCCUGAAAAUGAAGAGAUACGUCACCUCAUUGUGGAGUCUAAACAAUUGCUGAGUAGCUGCUCUAUUAAAUACAGUAAAGAAAAUUCUAGCCAAUUGGUGGAGCGAUUGAAAGGUCUAAAGAAGUGCAUCGAGCGUGGUAUGGUGACCAUAGUUGUGGAAGACUUUAUGCAGGAAAAUGAGCCACUGGCUGACCUUGACUACUUGAUCGAUGCUGAACCUGAUGCAUCGAAACGAAAAUUCAUCUUGGAGCGCAAGAUAGCGGAGUUACAGGCGCAGCUUCAACGUAUGAAGAAGACGGCUAGGCUGGUCGUCAAGGCAGGCUCCGGAGCGGAACAAGUCUGUGUUGAAUUGGAGAAGUGCGCCAAUCAGGUUGAUCUCCUCGCGCCUUUACUCGUCAAAGCUGCUGAAGAUGGAGUCAACUCCUCUAAUGACGAGGCCGCUGUCGAGAAAUACAAAGCAAUCCUGACUGAAUACACGGAAUCUUUAUUGAGGGUCCGAGAUUUGUGCGACCAGUCGGUGGAUCCUAUGGACUUCGUUCAAACUGCAGGGGAAACAAUGCAGCGCUUGAGGGAAGAUUCAUCAUCUAGUAACGACUAUUAUCAGUGUGCUAUGUCCAUCACCAAGCUGGCAAAACGCGUCAUCAACGUAAGUAUGACGUCAAGCAACGCGAAGCGUGACCCUGAGCUGAAGCGGGCCCUCAACGAGGUGCAGCGCCGCAUGUCCGUCAACUUGGUGGCUGCAGACACGCGCUGCAGCCGCCUGCCGGACUGGAGAGUCACCACUGCUGAGAUUUUACGUUCGACCGGCGAAGUAGAGUCGGUGUUGGGAGGCGAGAUGAUAUUCCAGAAACAACCGGAAUCAAACCAACCGAUUUUCACGGCAGCGUUGGGCCUGCACGCUGCCGUCCGCGGGUGGUCGGCGCGUGACAACGAGAUCGUCGCCGUCGCCAAGAGGAUGGCUGUACUCAUGGCCAGGCUCUCAGACUAUAUGAACAACAAUCGUAAACGUGAACUGAUCGCCACGUCUAAGAAGAUAGUGAACGAGUCUAAUGAAGUCGCCAGCCUGGCCAGAAAUCUGGCGUCCGAGUGUUCAGAUAUCAGAAUUAAAACGAAUCUUCAGCAAGUUUGCCAGAGAAUUCCAACGAUCAGCGGCCAGUUGAAGAUGUUGACCACCAUCAGAGGAGCCAUGUUGGGACCUGAAGGUUCCAGAGAAGACCAACAGGACGUGACUAUGUUAGUAGACAACGCACAGAACCUGAUGCUCAGCAUUGAAGAAGUGGUGAAAGUCGCUGCUGGAGCGUCCGUGAAGAUAAUGUCUCAACGCGGCGGGCCUCGAGUGCGCUGGGUCCGCAGAAAUUAUUAAUUUGUAUUUCUAACGUAAUCUUGCUUCUUAUAU